AUGCUUCGAAGGAAAUACCGACUCGGCAAUCUGAAGCAGGAAAAGGAGAAAAAGAUUGCGCGAUACUUGCAGAGCUUCCUAUCUCAAGUGCGAGAUCCUGAGCGCAGGGUCUCCGUCUCCGAGCGGAAGGAACCCGGAAAGGGUACAGUAGCCGCAAUUGAAAUUUUAUCGCCGAUAAUCGGCCGAUCUCUACGAUUUUCGAAACUUAUGAAAUCCUUAAUUAACCGAAAUCGAUGCAUAGAGGACGAUGUGAAGACGCAAAAUACAGGGACUAGCGGUUCGACGAGCAAAGAAAUCACGGAUUCGAAGGAUAAUACGUCGAAAGAGACGGAUAAGAAAAUCGUGACCAUCGGACUCGCGACGUUCGAUACUCCGGGAACAUCGAAAACUCAAUCGAGCAAGAUAUCGUUCAAGUCUGAUCAAAGCCACUCGAAGAAUAUACACGACAAAUCCACGCAAAUGCGCCAUAAUUUUAGCACACAGAGACUAAACGUUCACGAAGAAGGCGACGAUUCUUCAUUGGCAGACGAGCCCGAAAGAGGCCCAAAAUACAUGCUGGUCGGUUGGGACAACUCCCGCUCGAAACUGAUGGUGAUUCUGCUGAUUCUCUUGCUCCUGUGGGCAGCUAUUUAUUUUCCUUUAAUUGGAAGCUGA